AUGAGUGAGCAGAAUUCUACAGAACCUAACGACCUGCAGGUUGCUGCAAGUACUACUCCCUCUAAACAACAAGAGAAAACCACCACUGGAGAUUCAAAUGUGUACAAAGAGUCGGAAGAAGACGUUAUCAAAUUAAAAGGCACCACAGAGUCUGAAAAGAAACAAGUCGAAUUGCAAGGCCAGUUUCCAGAUGAUCAUGUUGUUGAAAAGGAAGAAAACGACGAUGACAUUAAUUCAGAUGCAACACCAGAGGACAUUUCUGGACGUGAGAGACUAAAGAGACAUCGUAAGGAAGUAGCAGGUCAAGUCUGGAUACCAGAAAAGUGGGGUAAGGAGGAAUUUCUCGAGGAUUGGAUCGAUUGUUCUGCCUUCAAUGCAUCUCUGGUUCCCACUGGAAUAAUAUCUGCCAGAGCCGCUUUAAUCGAUGAAGGACCACGAGCCAAAUUCAGGUGGAAUUAA